AUGGCUGAUAGUAGCUCUACCUCAUUUGACUCGGUUUUUGCUUCUGGCAUUCAAGAUGUGGCGGCUGCACCAGCUGUACUUGGAACAUAUAUAUGCAAUAAAAACGUUGGAUUGCUGUUGACCAAGAGAUACCUAUUCCCUGCUGCAUGCGGCUUGUCAAUGUUUGGAGUCCUUAGGCUCGCAAAACACAUACUCAAAUUGUUUUUACCUCUGGAUAUUGCGGAGAACUUGAGGGUUGAGGUCGAAAAGUUUGACACAAACAUAAUAGACAGAGUGAUGCAUAGAGUCAAUAGACAUACUUGCAAGAACAAAACAAUCUUUUCGUUUGACGCUGCGAUCAUGCUAUCAGAUUCCCCUUCACUCUAUUCAAUGGCUGGUCCCGCUAUGGGCAUAGUUGUUUCCGAUGAUCAAUUUGGAGGUUUGUUUGCCAGACGCAUUGGUUAUACUAUAGAGCUUCUUGCAGCUGCGGGCAUUGCCAUUGGCUACAUAGGUUCAUACUUGGUUGUCCAAAAGAUGAUACCGAUGGAUACGUAUUACUGGCUAGGACUGGAAUUUGGACUGUAUUUCUUGCGCUUGGUAGAAGAAGUGUUCCGUAGGCUAAAGGUUGAAGGCUGUUUCAUUCAAUCUAAAAUAGUGGAUACGUACUAUCAAGCAAAGUGCUCUUUCCAUGAUGUAUAUAUCGAAGAUAUUAACGGUAUUAGUGCAUUUGCCUCCCUCGAUUCCUUGUAUGCUGUACUUUGGUCAAAACCAAUGUACUAUAUAAUGCGGAAUGACCAGUUGCGUUAUGUAGAUAGAUUUCUUGUGGCUUCUGAACGAGAGCAGAUAAGUGAUGAAGAUCAAGAGAAAUUGAGAACAAAAGAAGAAGAUAUGCAUGUAUGGAUAGACACCGUUAAUUCAUACGACAAGCAGCUCAACAUUAGUUCACCUUUGGUCAAUGGUGUUUAUGUGACCAAUAGGACCCUUCCCUGCACAUAUACUCCUGCUAACCCUGCUAAUCUGAAGCUGAAUAUCUACCUGACAAGCACAAGUGUUUCUGGCUUUAAUGAAACAGUCAUUGCUGCUGAUGCUGAUAUCAGCAAUGAUCCUACAAAUACUGUUCCUAUUACUCAAGGUACAACUACUUACUAUCAACACUCUGUGAAUUACCAAAUUCCUCCUACGACCCCUGCUGGACAAUAUCAAGUCAUUUAUCAAAAUGUCAAUACAAACUCAAAUACAAGUAUCCCUAUCAUUAUUCAAUCGGAACCUGUUGUUAACGGAACCUCCUCCGGCACACCUUCAGAAGGCACUCCAUCUUUGGUCAACGCCAUUGUCUGA